UUUUGGUCUCUUCAAUUCUUUCACUCGAUUUUUGCUAAAUCAUUCACUUACUCUCAAAACCCUACUUCUUCUUCUUCUUCUUCUUCUUAAUCCUUCUUCUUGAUCCACGAAAGAUCGAAUUUUGUAGCGCUCCACCAAUCUUCAACCAGCCAUGAAGAAGGGAGAUUUUGCCCCUAAACUCAAGAUCAAUCUCCCUGCUUCCGAUGAACAUUCUAUAUCUAAGUUCCUGUCGGAGUCCGGAACUUUUAGGGAUGGCGAUCUACUUGUCAAUCGAGACGGUGUGCGGAUUGUCUCGCAGAGCGUCUCCGAAGCUCCACCUCUCAUACAGCCAUCGGACAACCAGUUAAGUUUAGCUGAUUUUGAUGCUAUCAAAGUCAUUGGGAAGGGAAAUGGCGGCAUUGUGCGUUUGGUGCAACACAAAUGGACAGAGCAAUUUUUUGCUUUGAAGGUUAUUCAAAUGAACAUCGAGGAGUCAUUUCGCAAGCAGCUUGCACAAGAACUGAAGAUUAAUCAGUCAUCACAAUGCCCAAAUGUUGUUGUAUGUUACCAGUCUUUCUAUGAAAAUGGUGCCAUAUCUAUUAUCUUGGAGUAUAUGGAUGGUGGUUCUCUUGCGGAUUUUUUGAACAAGGUGAAUUCAAUCCCAGAGCCAUAUCUUGCCGCAAUGUGCAAGCAGGUCCUGAAAGGUUUGUGGUAUCUUCAUCAUAAGUUGCACAUAAUUCACAGAGACUUAAAACCCUCAAAUUUGUUGAUAAACCACAGAGGAGAAGUCAAGAUUACUGACUUUGGCGUGAGUGCAGUACUUGCAAACACAUCAGGACAGGCCAACACUUAUGUAGGAACAUACAACUACAUGUCGCCAGAAAGAAUAGGUGGGGGGAGCCCAUACGGGUAUAGAAGCGAUAUUUGGAGCUUGGGACUAGUUAUACUUGAGUGUGCAAUGGGGUCCUUCCCAUAUUCUCCCCCGAAUCAAGAGGGAUGGGAUAAUGUAUAUGAACUCAUGGACUCCAUUGUUAACCAUCCAGCCCCGUCUGCACCGUCUGAUCAAUUUUCUCCAGAGUUUUGUUCAUUUAUUUCUGCAUGCUUGCAGAAAGACCCGAAAGACAGACUGUCAACAAAUGAGCUUUUGACACAUCCUUUCAUAAAAAUGUAUGAAGAUAUGGACAUUGAUCUGGUGCCUUACUUCCAGCAGGCAGGGUCUUCAGGAUCUUCACUUGCAACGUAUUGAAUCAUCUUAUCUGGAGUUAGAGAAGCACAUGCAAGUCUAGAGAUGAAAUAUGUCUUUGAGAGAGAGCCAACAUUUUUAUUUGUGUGUUGUUUAUUAUCUGGAGGAAAAUUGUUUAUUUUCCAAGAACUUCUUCUUCCUUCUUAAUAAGACAUCUGAUUAUUUUAUGUACCUUAAAAUGCUGACUUUGUUGUUGUAUUUGUAUUUAUUGUAUUAGAACUCUA